AAGUAGAGGAGGGGAUCGCGAAUAUCAGUGAAGUUUGCUACGAGUUAGAAACUCUGCGUUCCUUUAAAACGGGUAGACGUUGUGUAGUUUCAUUUUUCUUGCACGCGUGCGUUAUUUUGUUUGUAGGAAAGGAAGUGUGAUUACGACGUUUGUCGACAUAUCCGGCGAUAAAAAUUCGUUUACAAAAUGCCAAUUAAAGUAGUGAAAACGACAUGCUAUCGAUUGAAAGCCUGAUUGGUUAAGCCAGUGUUCGAUGCAAGUAUGGCCGCCCUGCCAUCACCCACGCAGGUGGCUGGAAGCCAUACUGCCAUAUAUGAAGCAUAUUAUAAUCAGGUUGAUCCCAAUGGAUAUGGAAGAAUUGGUGCAAUGGAAGCAGCAAGAUUUUUGAAAAAAUCUCAACUGAGUGAUGGUAUUCUCAGUAAGAUAUGGGAUAUGGCAGAUCCACAAUCUCGAGGAUCAUUAGAUAAGUCUGGUCUUUUUGUGGCCCUUAAACUUUGUGCAUUAGCACAAGCUGGACAUGAUCUAAGCAUGAAUAAUUUAAAUUUAGAGUUACCUCCUCCAAAGAUGGGAGAUAUUCCUAUUGUACAACAAAAAAAUGUUUCAAAUACAUUACCAAUAAUAACAUCCAUUAACAACGGAGAUUGGUCUAUAAAACCUAAUGAAAGAGCAAAAUAUGAUCAGUUAUUUGACAGUCUCCAACCUUCAAAUGGCUAUAUACCUGGAAAUAAAGUUAAAGGUGUACUUAUGGACAGUAAACUUCCUUUAGAUACACUUGGAAAAAUUUGGGAUUUAGCGGACAUGGAUAAAGAUGGUAUGCUGGAUAGACAUGAAUUUAUAGUUGCUAUGCAUCUUGUGUAUAAAGCAUUAGAAAAAUAUGCUAUACCAAGUGUACUACCUCCUGAAUUAAUGCCACCUGGUAAAAGAAAGGACAUUUCUAUGCUGGUAUCUAAAUCACCUGUACCUAUGACUGUACCAACAAUGACACCACCACCAAUUCCACCUUUACCGAACAUAUCAUCAGGAAAAAAUUUAUCUGGUCCAAUUGAUACAAUAAAGUCUAGUGCACAGCCUUGGGUAGUUUCAGCUGAAGAUCAAAUAGCAGCUGAUAAACUGUUUUUACAAGCAGAUUUGGAUAUGGAUGGAUUUGUCUCAGGCUUAGAAAUUAAAGAUGUCUUCCUUCAAAGUGGACUUCCACAAGCUGUAUUAGCUCAUAUAUGGGGCUUAUGUGAUACAUGUCAAAGUGGAAAACUAAAUAAAGAACAAUUUGCUUUGGCAAUGUGGUUGAUAAAACAAAAGCUUAGAGAUAUUGAUCCACCAACGACUCUAAAACCUGAAAUGGUACCUCCGUCUUUACGAAAAGGUGGAGAUCUUAUAAUGGAAAAUAAUAAUAUUUCGGGAUAUUCUAAUCCAGAAUUAGAUAUGAUAAAUAAGGAUAUAGCAGAGCUUACACGAGAAAGACAUAGCAUGGAGCAAGAUAUAGCUCAAAAAGAAGCUGAUAUCAAGAUUAAAAAUGGAGAAAUUAAAAGUCUUCAAAGUGAGUUGGACACACUAGCUGCUACCUUAAAACAAUUAGAAAACCAGAAGGGUGAGGCACAGAAGAGAUUAAAUGACUUAAAGGCACAGACAGCUGAUGUAGAUAGAGAUUUGAGUGAAGUGGAGAGCAAGAUUUGCAAGGAACAGAAGAAGGUUGACAAAUUACGACAGCAAGCUGAAGAACAAGAGUCAGUCUUACGUGCUCAGGAAGAAGAACUCAAUUCCAAACGCCAGGAACUUGAGGGAUUGAGACAAGAAGAACAACAGUUAGAACAACAACAGCAUAAAAGCAGGGACCAAUUAAAUGAGCUUACGAAAAAUUUGCAAGAUACACAAUUACAAAUUAGUCAAGCGAAAGCUAAAAUUACACAUUUACAAGAACAGCAACGGCAAAUGAGUGAUGCUAUUGCACUUUAUGAUUCUGCACUUGCUACAGCAGAUGCCUCUCUUGUACCUGAUACUAGUCUACAAUUUAAUCCUGAGAUUGAAGAUAUAGAAUAUGAUGAAAAAGAAACCACAAGUAUGAAUGAAGACAAUAAAGCAAUAGUUGAUACUUUCACAAAUGCAAAUGGACCUGGUGUCUUUGAUGGCUUUGAUAGCCAAGAUACUUUUUCAUCAAAGAAGGCUCAAGAAGCUUUUUCUACAUCUACACCUGAUCCAUUUGGAAAUACAUUCCCAUCACAAUCGACAACGAGUGAUUUUACUAAUGAUCCAUUUACUGCAUUCGAAAACACUAACACAGUAAAACAAGAUCCAUUUGAUCCAUUUGGAGAUAGUAAAAGAAAUGAUCAAAAAAUUGGUAUAGCUGCAUCAACGGUAACAAAAGAUCCAUUUGGAGAUGAUCCAUUUGCAAAUCUUCAUGCUCCUCCACGACCAGAAAGCCCUAGCCCUGCUCUUCCACCUAAGAAAGCUAAACAACCACCGCCACGGCCUGCACCACCGCGACCAUCACAAGGUCCAACAGGAUCUUUGAGAGCAGCUCCAGUUCCAGCUCCUCCUACUCCAUCUCCCACUCCUGAUCCAUUUGCGAAUGCAAAUUCAGAUCCUUUCGCCGUGCAACAACCAAUUGGAGACAACAAUAAUAUCAGUAAUUUCACAGGAUCAUCUACAGGAUUCGCAGAUUUUGCAAAUUUUGAUUCAAAGCCGGAAUCUUCGCUCAAUCGAACAGCGCCACCCAGACCAGUGAGUCGACCACAUGCUGCAGUAACACUAAUAUCGAAGCUGCCGGACUUCACAGAAGAUCCCUUCCGAAAUUAUCGAUAUGAAGAUCCAUUUAAUAUAACAGACCCUUUCUCCGACGAAGUAGAGGAUUAUAACGCAAACAAAAAUACCACAAUGAGCAUGGUGGAUCCAUUUGGAUUUGAAUCUACAUCAGUAUCAAAUACUAAGAACUCCUUAGUAAAAGGGUUUGAUGCUGAUUUUGGUAAAGCCUUUUCUGAUCGAAAUAGGAAUAUAAAAUCAUCUGAAGCGGAUGCUUUCUCUAAUGACAAAACCAAAACAAUCGAUAUCGAUGAAGCAUUUUCUAACAAAUGUGACAAAAGUGGAAGAUGGCAAGCACAGGAAAUAGCGCAUAAUUUAAGUGUUAAACUAAAUCUUAAUGAUAAAAAAACGAAAAAUGAUGUUGAUAAUAUUUGGAAUGGUACGGCACCUCUUGCAUUAACAGAAGAUGAACAGCUUGCUUGGGCAGCUAAGCAAAGUCUAAAAACUGAAGAAGAAAGACGUAGGCUCAAGGAACAAGAAGAAGCUGAAUUAGCUCUUGUUCUUGAACUAAGUAAACGAGACAAAUCUGGAAAAUAAAAUUAUUUUCUUCAUUGCGAUAAUUUAUACUAUGAUUUACCAAGUAGUAUAUUUUUUAAUCCAAUGACUUACUGACUUUUUAAAGAAGUAACAGAUAAAAAAUAUAUAUGAUUUCAAAAUUACCAUCAGUGUUUUAAGAUAAAUUAGUGAAGAAUUUUAUUUUUAAGAUUACGUAUAAACAUAUGUAUAAUUAAUAUUUAAUUUACCAUUAUUAUUAUAACUAUUAUUAUUAUUGUCAUUAUUUUAUUAUUUUUAUUAUUUUUAUUAUUAUUAUUAUUAUUAUUAUUAUUAUUAUUAUUAUUAUUAUUAUUAUUAUUAUUAUUGUUGUUGUUGUUAUUAUGGGAUCACACAUUUUCGUAAAUAUGAUUUAUACUGUAACCAACUUUAAAAAGAAGAAAAUUCUCGUGAUUUCUGUUGAAACCAAAGGCUUGUAUAAUAAUGCUUUUUCACUGAAUUUUUAAAUCAUGAUGAAUGUUUGAGAACGUUUCUCCUCUUUCUUCCUAUUCAUUGUAUUUUAUCAGCUUAUCUAAUACAUUAAAAUCUUAUGAAAUUAAUUGCGAUUUUGCAAUGAUAAAUUCUAAAAUAAUAUUGAUAAUAUUGUCCUAAUAAAUCAUAAGCUACAUGUAUACACAUGACUCAACAAGGCAGUUAAAUUUAAAUAUAUAAAAAGGAUAGAAUGGCAUAUUAUUGGAUCGACAAUAAGAUGAUGUAUGAAUAUUGAGAGAAUUCAUAUACGUAUCAGUAUAGAAACCAAUGCAGAUUUAAGCCUGUUGAAAAUUCUCUUUAUGUAUACUGUUAAUAUAAAUUUAUGAAUAACGUCAAGAUAAUACUUGAAAUCUUUCUGAUAGCAGUCAUUUGUAAUAUGUACUGUAUACAUUGUUUACCUUUAAACAAUAACUUGAAAAGUUCUUAUAUUGUUGUAAUCUAUCCUGUUAUUAAGAAAUGAAAAUUACAUAUAAGGAAAAAGUUAACAAGCAAUUCUUUAGUAAAAAAAAAACAGCACUGAAAUGUUGAUACAGUUUUUGCUAUUUUAAAAAUUAUACUAGCAUUAGGUUAAACUGAUGUUGUAAAUCUAUGAUCGUUUAAAACUUCUAUCCAAUUAAGGAGUUUUGUAAUUAGCUUUAAACACACUGUUAAUGAGUCAAUAUCUUGUAGAUUGCUCAAGAUACAUUUGAUAAAUAAAUGCAAUUAUAUUAGUUGCAUGUAAACUCUUAGGACAACGAUGAUAUGAGAAUGCCAUUUAACUAAAUUUUUGGUCUCUUAAUAUAUCCCAAAGAAUAAGGUGUUCAGAUUGUAUUUUUGUGUUUGAUUUAAGAUAUUAACCAUUUAAAAUACAGGAACGUGUUUAUCCUGAUCACAUCAUUAGUUGUUAAUUUCGCAGUAACGAUGAAUUAUAUCUAAUGUAUAUAUAUAUAA